UGGUUCACACUCUCUGCGUGUUUGUGCUUCUUUCUGAUCAGAGUAUUUUUGUGAUUUGACUCGCUCAUUGCUUGUAUUUCUGCUCACGGACUGAGGGAGUCUCUUGGGUUGUUGUAGUUUGUACACUAUAAUCAUCAUGCAUUCCGCGGAGAAGCAGACUCAGACCCAUAAUCCUCUUAAGCGGAGUUGCAGUUACAUGAACGACUCCAGCCCUGACAUGGGUCUCAACCCUCCUGAUGAUCCUUCUCUUCAAAAGUCACCCUCUUCCCCCAAUGCCAAGAACUACAUACCCAGAAGGUACCAAUUGAAGGUGUUUGAAGUUGCAAAGAGGAGGAACACAAUCGCAGUGUUGGAUACAGGUGCUGGCAAAACGAUGAUUGCCGUUUUGCUUAUCAAAGACAUAGCUGAAGCUAUUAAGUCAGGUGACCGUAAGAAGUUGGUUAUUUUCUUGGCUCCCACGGUUCAUCUUGUUAAUCAGCAAUUUGAGUAUAUCAAAAUAAGUACAAGUUUGCAAGUGGGAGAGUAUUAUGGAGCCAAGGGGGUUGAUGAAUGGAGUUUAAAGUGCUGGGAGAAGGAAAUUAAUGAGCAUGAUGUACUAGUUAUGACACCCCAGAUUUUUUUGGAUGCACUAAGAAAGGCAUUCUUGAGCCUAGAAACAGUAUGCUUGAUGAUUAUUGACGAAUGUCAUCGUGCUACUGGUAAUCAUCCUUAUACAAAAAUAAUGAAGGAGUUCUAUCACAAAUCUAUUGACAAGCCAAAGAUUUUUGGAAUGACAGCAUCCCCUGUAGUUAGAAAAGGUGUCUCAUCCACCAUGGACUGUGAGGGUCAAAUAUCAGAACUUGAAAGUAUCUUGGAUUCCCAGGUGUACACUGUUGAAGACAGGACGGAGAUGGAAGUAUAUGUGCCCUCGGCAAAAGAAACGUGUAGAUUUUAUGACCAAGCACUGUUCCCUGGUUUGGGUUUAAAAGAAAAAAUAGAAGCCUUGUGGUCCAAGUUUGAUGCUUCCUUGUCAGAGUCGCAAGGGUUGUUGCAAAGUUCUUACAAAGACACAGACGACAAAUUUAAGAUGCUGCGAAAGCGGUUGUCCAAUGACCAUGCAAAGAUUUUGUAUUGUCUUGAUGAGCUUGGACUCUUGUGUGCUUAUGAGGCUGUGAAAGUCUGUCUAGAGAAUGUCCGGAACACCAAAGAAGAGUGUGAAGUUUACAGAGCAUGUUCCUUGCGGUGUAAAUAUUUUCUUGAGGAAGUCUUGUGUAUAAUUGGAGAAUCUUUCUCAGACGGUGAUAGAAAUCUUCUGGAUUCAGGGUCUGAUUAUUCAAAGGCAGUAGUUUUGGGUUGUGUAUCUCCUAAAUUACUUGAACUUCUUCAAAUCUUCCAAUCGUUUGGAGGAGCAGAGCAAGUACUGUGCCUCAUAUUUGUUGAAAGAAUUGUUACAGCUAAGGUUAUUGAGAGAUUCGUGAAGAAAGUUAGCUAUUUAUCUCAUUUUACAGUUUCAUAUUUGACUGGGAGUAAUACAUCAACCGACUCGCUGGCACCAAAAAUGCAAAAGGAGGCCUUGGAGUCAUUUCGCUCUGGGAAGGUCAAUUUACUAUUUGCCACUGAUGUAGUUGAGGAGGGAAUUCAUGUGCCAAACUGCUCCUGUGUGAUACGUUUUGACCUGCCCAAGACAGUCCGUAGUUACGUCCAAUCUCGGGGACGAGCUCGACAGAAUAAUUCUCAAUUUGUCGUGAUGCUGGAGAGGGGAAAUGCGAAACAAAGGAAUCAACUGUUUGACAUACUCAGGAGUGAGCGUUCAAUGACAGACACAGCCAUGAAUAGAGACCCUGAUGUAUCCAUUCAGAAAGCAUGUAGUAUUGAGGACACAAAUGCAUAUUACGUGGAUGGGACCGGGGCGUCUGUUACUGCAGAUUCUAGUGUCAAUCUUGUUCAUCGAUAUUGUGCAAAACUCCCUGGUGACAAGUACUUUGCGCCAAAGCCAAAUUUUCACUUUUCAUGUAUUGAAGGGUCUUAUAAGUGUAAAAUGACAUUACCUCCUAACGCGGCUUUUCAAACCAUAGAUGGUCCCUUGAGUAGGAAUUCUCAUUUAGCAAAGCAGCUUGUGUGCUUGGAAGCAUGUAAGAAGUUGCAUCAAAUGGGUGCUUUGGAUGCUCAUCUUCUCCCAUCCAUUGAAGAGCCUUCUGAGAAAGAUCUCAUUGUAAAAAGCAAAGAAUCAGGUUCAGGUGCUGGAACAACAAAGAGGAAGGAGUUACAUGGGACAACUUGCAUUCGUGCACUAUCUGGCACAUGGGGUGAACAAAUUGAUGGAGCCAGUUUUCAGGCCUAUAAAUUUGACUUUCGCUGUAAUAUUCCUGGUGAGCUGUAUUCUGGAUUUGUUCUUUUGAUUGAGACAGAGCUUGAUGAUGACGUGGGAAAUAUUGAGUUUGAACUUUACUUGGUCUCAAAGAUGGUUAAGUCUUCUGUAUCUUUUUGCGGGCAAGUGCAUUUGGAUUCGGAACAGAUGAUCAAAGCAAAGUGCUUUCAAGAAUUUUUUUUUAAUGGUUUGUUCGGGAGACUCUUGGUUGGAUCCAAAUCUGGAGCACAGAGAGAAUUUUUACUUCAGAAAGAAACAAAAUCACUAUGGAGCCCAUCCAAAAUGUAUUUACUUCUACCUCUUGAAGAAUUCAACACUUCAACUCCUGAACCUUGCAAAAUAAACUGGACAGGAAUCAACUCUUGUAUUUCUGCGGUUGAAAUUCUGAAAAAAAGGUCAGUGUUGAGUGCUGUGCCUGGUGAGACAGUAAAGUUAUCACCUUGUAGAAACAGUUCAUUUGAAACAGAAUGCAACAGCGAUAAUGUUGUCCACUUUGCUAAUUGUUUGGUCGACAUAAACAACCUCAAAGAUAUGGUAGUUUUGGCAAUUCACACUGGAAAAAUCUAUUCUGUUGUUAUGGCUGUGAAUAAUACAUCUGCAGAGAGUCCUUUCGAUGGAAUCACUGGCACUGCUCCAUCGGAAUAUGCAACUUUUGCUGAGUACUUCAACAAAAAGUAUGGAAUUGCACUUAUCUAUCCGGGACAGCCUUUGUUGCGGUUAAAGCAAAGUCAUAAUCCACACAACCUUCUUGUGAACUUUGAUGAUGAAGGAGCUAAAGGUAAGACAUUGGAAGCUGGUGUGCUUAUCAAAAAGCCACAAAUGCAUGUUCAUAUGCCACCUGAGCUUUUAAUCAGAAUUGAUGUUUCCAGACAAGUUUUGAGAUCAUUUUACUUACUACCAUCUGUGAUGCACCGUCUGGAAUCCCUGAUGUUGGCCAGCCAGCUUAGAAAAGAGAUUGAUUGUUGCUCUAGCAACUUUCAUAUUUCAAGCACAUUGAUUCUAGAAGCUCUUACAUCGCUAAGAUGUUGCGAGAAUUUUUCAAUGGAGCGUUUGGAAUUGCUUGGGGAUUCAAUUCUAAAGUAUGCUGUGAGCUGUCACCUCUUUCUUAAAUAUCCUGAGAAACAUGAAGGACAACUAACUGCUCGACGCUCAUGGGCUGUUUGUAAUGCAACACUCCAUAAGUUGGGAAUAGAUCACAAGUUACAGGGAUAUAUACGUGACAGUGCAUUUGAUCCUCGUCGUUGGGUUGCUCCAGGACAGCAUUCUCUACGGCCUGUUCCUUGUAAAUGCAGGGUUGAUACUCUAGAAGUGCCUUUGGAUGGAAAAUUCCAAACUGAAGACCCAAAAGUUGUGGUUGGAAAGUGCUGUGAUAGGGGUCAUAGAUGGAUGGUUUCAAAAACUAUAGCUGAUUGUGUUGAAGCCCUUAUUGGAGCAUACUACAUUGGCGGUGGAUUAGUUGCUGCACUUCAUAUGAUGAAAUGGCUUGAAAUUGAUGCUGAACUUGAUCCCUCAUUAGUUAAUGAAGCAAUUGCUGUUGUAUCUCUACGAUCCUAUGUCCCAAAAGCUAAUGAGAUUGCAACCCUAGAGUCAAAGCUUCGGUAUGAAUUUUCUGCCAAGGGUCUUUUACAAGAGGCCAUAACACAUGCAUCUGAGCAAGAAGUAGGAGUUGGCUACUGUUAUCAGAGGCUGGAAUUUCUUGGUGACUCGGUGUUGGAUCUGCUUAUUACACGGCACCUCUUUCAGAGCCACACAGAUAUUGAUCAAGGCGAGUUGACUGACUUGCGCUCAGCUUCAGUUAGCAAUGAAAAUUUUGCUCAAGUGGCUGUAAGACACAACCUUCACCAGCAUCUUCAGCACUGCUCAGGUUUACUGCUAAGUCAGAUAACAGAAUAUGUGAAGUGUAUUUCUGAGCCUCAUACCGGCAGAUCACUCCAAGGCCCAAAGGGUCCUAAGGCUCUUGGAGAUAUUGUGGAAAGUAUUGCAGGGGCAAUACUAAUUGACACGAAGCUUAAUCUUGAUGAAGUGUGGAGAAUAUAUGAGCCACUAUUGUCUCCAAUUGUGACCCCUGAUAAACUCGAACUACCUGGACCGCGUAAACUGAAUGAAUUAUGUGAUUCUCUUGGGUAUUUUAUAAAAGAAAAAUGCAUACAGAAGGGAGAUAUGGUGCAUGUUGAGCUUAAGUUACAGCUGAAAGACGACCUUUUGGUUGGAGAGGGGUAUGAGCGGAGCAGGAAAGCUGCGAAAGGAGAAGCAGCAUGUCAUUUGUUGAAGGAACUUGAGAAUAGAGGAAUUUCAUGCUCCCGGAAGAAGAGAAAGCUGGAGUCUGACCAUGCGCGUGAUUCACCUGCUUUAGACUUAGAAAUUGAUGUCUGCAAUCAAACGACUGAUGAAAUUUUUUUGGAGCCAAUUAUCAAUAGAAAGCAAGAGACAAAUGAAGUUCAAUUGCCUGCAGAGCCAAGUGGAGUUUCUUCCCCAGCCAGUGAAUGCUCCAAGAAAGCCGGCAGUCCUGACAAUGGCACCCCAGUUAUUCCUCCAAUCAACAUGAAGAAAGGAGGACCUCGGACCUGUCUUUAUGUAUUAUGUAAGAAAGUGCAGUGGCCAAUGCCUACAUUCAAAUCAACGGAAAAGAAAUCAAGUACACCGAUCGAAUUUGGCGAAGGGUCCGAAAUAAGAACGGGGUUUAACAGUUAUGUAUCAAGGAUAAUCUUGCACAUUCCGAAAUAUGGCAGCCUUGAAUGCACAGGAGAUGCUAGAGCUGAUAAGAAGAGCUCACUUGACUCUGCGGCGCUUGCCAUGCUUUAUGAGCUCGAACAACAGGGAAAACUCGUCAUUAGCGGCUCCUAAUUUGUAUAUUGGUUUCAAAUUUUGGUUCUAUAACUGGAACAAACAGGAUGGUGGCAUGUUUUUAUGGUCUACCAUCCUGUUUAUGUCCUUAAUUUUAGAGCAAUUAGUCAAUUAAAUGUAAAUCCAUUUAUCAAUUAUACUGCUAUAUUGCUCAAUGUUGGAAGGUUAAUUCUGAUAUGAUGGAUCACAUCCUCUACAGUUCUUAUGUAAUUCUUCCUUGUAGAAUUUUUAAAAUUUAUAUUCAAAAUAAAUGAUUUUCUUACCUCAA